UGUAGACAUGAAUUUUUCCAUAGAACCGUACAAUUAAGUAGGUUCUUGUAGCGCGGAACUCGAUAGGUUCUUGUCUAUGCUAGCGUAUAACCAAACGUGGCAGAUCCCUAAUUCUAUAGGAUCUUGUAUAUGCUAGCAUAUGUCACAUUCAGCACUUAGCCACAUGAUGCAGCACUAGUCCGGAAGUCACCAGAACCAUAAACGUGGGCACUCUCAUUUCUUCUUUGGUAAAAGUAAACAAAAUGUCAUUACUGCUGGCUAGUAACACCCGAAUUUCUCUAGUAGGCAACCAAUAGCUGCAGCAACAGUAUUCACAUUUUGUUUAUGUUUAUUCUUUCAUCUCGUUGGAUAGAUAAUAGGAAUUAAAUUCUUAGGUUCAUGGAUAAUACAAUAAUCUGAAAGCAAACAAAUUUUAUACAAAAUUAGAGAUUUAUGUUUUAUAAUAAAAUUCAAAAGGUAGUAAUGAAGGAUGAGGAAUAUUACACAGUAUUUUGAGGACAAUGUACAGUCUACUAAUGACGUAUUGAUACAUUCUGAUAAUGAUACGAAAAAAGAAAUGAAGUAUAGAAAGGAUUCUAAAGGAAAGCGUAAUCGUGUUAAAAUUAAAAUAUCUCGAACGAAUUCUAACGAAAGAGUAUGUGAUAUUAUGGACAAUAGCAGUGAUAUGAUUGAUAAAACGCCUAGUCCAUUUGCUAAAAUAAAUAAUGAAGAUAAAGAUUCAUAUGAAACACCAAAAAAAUCUUUUCCAAAAAGUGUUCGAAAGCCCUCCAAACGAAACAAAUCAACAGAUCAAUCUUCAAGUUAUCUAAAUUUAGGAACAAAUGAUUUGGAUAUAAAAAAUAGAGAGCAAAGUAAAGAAGGUAAUGUUAAAACUCGAUUAAGCAGUAAUAAAAAGUAUAGAAAAGAAUUGAGUAAUAAGACAAAUAUUAGUGAAGAUAUAAGCAUAGAUAAUACACUUAAAAGUAGAGAAAUUAUUGAUGAUAUAGAGGUAGUAACUAUUGAUUCUAAUAAUGAGAUUGAAAAUAGUAGGGAAGAAUCAAAUGCUUUUCAAAUUCUAAUGAAUCGUAAUAAGGUAGUUCAAUAUGUCUCACCAAUAAAAGUUCUUCCUCAAAAUGAAGAAGUAAAUAGCAGAAAAUCAGAAGAGUAUAGAGAGAAACUAAAACGUUCUAAAGAAAAACUAAUAGCGUUAGCUGAUAAGAAAGGAUAUUCUAAAAGAAAACUUGCAGAGAUGGAAGAAGGUGAAAAAAUAGAACAAAUAAUACAAAAUCGUAUAAAGCUGUUUAAAGGUGGAGAGAGAAAGGAUAGUAACAUGAGUACAACUAUUUUAAAUCAUAAGCAAUCAGGUGGUAGUUUAUUAAAUUAUUUCAGCAAAAUUCCAAUGGAUUUAGUACAUACAAAUAUGGCAAAUAUGUCCACUAUUGUAGUAAAAGCUGAUGUACAUAUGACAGAAAACAAUGCUAGAUGUGAAUUAUAUAAGUCAGAUUUAAGUAGUACGAUACAAUCAAAUAAGAAACCUAAUAAAUUAGAAUUAUCUCAAAUGGAUGACAUUAGAAUCAUAGAAUCUGAAAACAUUAAUAUCUUGAGUAAUAAAAAAAAGCAACAAAAUGAACAGAAUCACAAGCAUAGAUGGUCGUUGCGAAUCAAACUUCAAACUUAUGAAAAUGAAAAUGCUUCAGCAGGUGAUACCAGCGAUGAAGAAUUAUUCUCACCAAGAAGUAAGGUUAAAUUAGAUAUGAAAAAUUAUAAAAAAUGUGGAUCAACUAGAAAUCUAGAUUCAGAAAACUUAUCAACAAAAAAUAGGAAUGUAAAAGGAAUAUCAAAGCCAGCAGAUGAAUAUACAAAAUUAAAGCUAGAGAAACGUGAACAUUCGGAAAGCUCAAAAAAUAACAAUAAAUGUUUAAAUAACAAAUCUGAGAAUAAACAGAAAUUUAUCAAGUGUGAUGAACAUGAUUCAACUUUGAUAAAAAAUAGUAACGUAAAGAACUAUAGUAAUACUAAUUUAGAAUAUACUACAGAAAAUAAACAAAAUGAAGAGGAUUGUAUGAUUAUCAAGGACAACAGUUUAAAGAGAAAAACAUUUGAUAAAUUAGCUCCUUUAUUUACCAAACGGAAAAGGCCAAAUCCAGAAAUAAUUGCAGCACGACGAUUGUUUUUACAGCCAGAUAUGACAGAUAAUAAUAGUAAAAAUAAAAAUCGGAAAGUAAAUGUUUGUAGUAUAUUACCAUUUCCACUCAUUAGUCAUGUUACACAGUUAAAUAAUUUAUCUUGGCAUGAAACUAGCAUUUUUAAUAUCCCAAAAGAAAUCUGUAACAAUUAUGUUCCAAUUAUAGAUAUAAACGAUUUUAAAUCUUUAAUAGAUUUUUCCAAGAAAAAAUUGAUAGCUUUAGAAAAAAUUAACAAACCGAAAAUUCAAGAAGUAUUAACAGAUAUAGAAAAACGUUGUUCAAAUGUAAAAGACAUGUGGGAUGUUAUUUCACUUAUUGUUAAGGAACAACCUAAUAAAAUAGUAUCUCCUAGAACAAAAACUAAAAAAAGUAAACAAUCGGGAAGAAAAGAAGUAAUAGAAUACAAAACUAAGGAGGAUCAAUUUGAAUACUGUAGUUGGACUUACAAAUACAGACCAAAAUGUUCUCAGGAAAUAGUUGGAAACGAAGAAGCAGUAGCAAAAUUGAGGGAAUGGCUGCUUGGGUGGAAACCGAUGUUUACCAAUGAGGAUGUUAGCAGUGGAGAUGAAUUUUAUUCAUCUGAUAGUUGUCAAACAAGAAUUAGUGAAAAUAAUCAAGUAGCUGUAUUACUCGGACCACAUGGUUGCGGUAAGACUGCGAGCGUAUAUGCACUAGCAGAUGAAUUUGGUUACAUUGUAUUAGAGUUAAAUGCAUCAUCUAGAAGAACAGGAAAAAAGCUUUUAAAAGAAUUAGAAGAAGCAACUAAAUCACAUCGAAUUAAGAAAAAUGAGAAAAUAUCUGUAUUUUGUGACCUAGUUUCAGAUGAAAUUAUGCCAAAGAAAAUACCACAAAACUCCCUCAUUCUUUUAGAAGAUGUUGAUAUUAUAUUUGAAGAAGAUGAAGGUUUUAUUUCUGCUACAUAUCAAUUAGCAUCAAAUUCAAAGCGUCCAAUUGUUAUGACGUGUAGAGACGUUUGUUCCCAUCUCAAUAAAAUGGCACCUCAACAAAACAGAAUUUAUUUUCAAGAGCCUGUUGGGAAUAGAGUUUGUGUUUUAUUAGAAUUAAUUUCAUUGGCAGAAACUGGUUAUAAACUUCCAUCUAAUUGUAUAACAGAGUUAUUGCAAAGUGGUGAUUUACGAAAAGCUAUAUUACAGUUACAAUAUUUAUUGUUAUCUGGUCCACCACGAAUAUUGGAACAGACCAUAAGUUUUAAAAAUUCAUUUUGGCAAAAUAUACGGUAUUACAUACACAAGCCGGCAAUUAAAAUAACUAAGAGGGGGAAAAGGAAAAGAGUUGCAAGUAACGAAGUAACAAAUGAUGACAAAAACAUACUAAAUAAUAUAGCAAAUAAAUUAGAUAAUAUAGCUUUACUAUCAUCUCUAAUUGAAAUAGAAGAUUGUGCAUUAAAUCUGUGGCAAAAAAAAGCACAACCCAAUUUAUCUUUGGUCGAAAAUACUGCUCCAUAUUCAGCUUCUAGUAAUAUAUGUCUAGAAAUAGCUGAAUGGAUAGGUAGUAAAAUUAUAUGUAAAGAGGAAUUGAAUGACUACAAUGGGACACAAUAUCAAGAUAAUAUUAUGUUAAAAAAACAGUCAAAUAAAGGAGUAAAUGAAGCCUUGUCACAAACUACAUCGUUAUUGCUUGACCAUCAAAUUAUAGCUACAGAUUACCUCCCAUCUGUAAGAACAAUAUGUAGGGCAGAAGCAUUAAGGGCUAACAACAAUAAUAAAAGAAGAAAUCGGUUCUUUCAUUAUCUUCAUAAUUUGAAAGCACCAUCUACAUUAUUUCAACCUAAUAUUUUAGCGGCAGCAUGCAAAAUAAUGCACGAUAAAGUUGACAAUAAUAUACAAAGUGAAAAUAAUAGUGGUCUCUUAUAACGAUUCAUUUUUUGCAUUAAAUAUGUUAUAAACAUUUAUAAACAUAGUGCAAAUAUUAUUUUUAAAUAUAUAAUAAAUCAAAAGAAGCAGUGCAUGUUUAUAAAACGCUAGAAAAAUGAGUGUUAUUAUUUAAUUAUAUUUUACUUUUUAAUCCUUUUUUUUUUUAAAGAAAAUAGAUUGUAGAUUGUUAGUCAUGCCUACUUUUAUAAUAUUAAAAACAUACAUAAAUAUUUUAUAUAUUAAUAAUGAAGCAAAAUACCUGUUAUCUUGAAAAAUAUUCAGCAUUAUAUAUCUUUUUUCUAAGAGCAGUAAUAUUGUAUAAGCAUAGAAUUAAUGUAAAGUUGUAUUAUACAUAGUGCCUCUAAACUGUCUUAAGCUAACAGAUUAUGUCUUGAAUCUUAUGAUUACAUAAAUAAAAGAUAUAUUUAUUAUUAA